CAUCGGUUUCUUUGUUACCGCUGCGCAGCCGCUGGCUUGUUGCCACGCGAAGUAGUACGGUACUUGGUACGGUAGUCGGUUCUCGGUGUGUUUAGUGGGCGGCGGUUCUGUAUUACCGAGUUCGUGAAAUAUUGAAAAGUAAAGCCGAGAAGCCCCUAGCGCCUGGGGCUUUUGGUGAGAGGCUCUGCUUGACGAAGGUGGAGCCUGCAAUGGGUUACAACUACAUUGCGGCAGAAAUUGAACUUAGUUACACAGCGAGCAGUGUAAGACUAAGAAACAUGAACAUUGUCAGUGUCUUAAAUUUCCCAAUUGCAAAAGCAUCUUUGCAAAUCCCUGCAAGAUUUUUCUAAGAGGUGUAAUUUAUUGCUGAAAUAUUGUGAUUUGUGCUGUGAAUCUGUGUGCUUAAAAGUGAACCAAAGAUGAAGCUGCUUGAGAACAGCAGUUUUGAGGCCAUCACGUCUGGGCUGCAGUUGUUGACUGGCAGUAGCCGCAUUUUUGGCAGAGUGGAGAGCUACAGCUGCAAGAUGGUGGGCCCAGAGAAGUCCCUGUACAAGAAGCUGAACUUUGAGCAUGGCCACAACCCCAGUGACCUGCAGGCUCUCUCCCCUCCAGAGAACAAGUUUGGAGUGUCCCCCAGCAACGUGUCAUACAGCUUCCCCCUCCCGUCCGCGGCGCGCCGCAGUCGCAGCCUCUCCGGAGACGAGGAGGGCGGCGGCUCGCUCUGUGACGUCAUCAGUCGGAAGGCGCUCUUCCACCUGAUCUCGACGCUGAACGCGUCGUUCCCCGACUACGACUUCUCCAGCGCUAAGGCGGAGGAGUUCAGCAGGGAGCCAUCUCUGGCGGUCGUGGUAGCCAACAUCGACACCUACCUGAGCGCGGCGGCCGGCGAACAGUACAACGUGCUCAGGAACACGCUCUGGCGUACCAUUGAGGACGAGAUCACGCCCAAAGAGUGCGAUAUCUACCGGUACAAUCCAGACCUGCAGAGCGACCCUUUCGGCGAGGACGGCUGUCUCUGGUCCUUCAACUACUUCUUCUACAACAAGAAGAUGAAGCGCAUCGUUUUCUUCACCUGCAGAGCCAUCAGUGUCAACUACAACAUGCUACGCCUGGACUCGGGCUCCGGCCAGGAGUUUAGCAUGGAACUGGACGAAGACUACAUGCUGGGCUUGGAGGAGGAAGUUGACAUGUAGGAGGCUGGCUUCAGGUGGAGGGGAGGAUACUCUCGGGCUGGCGACCGACGUGGAGGAGAGGAGUGGAGGGAGUUCGGAGGGAAGGAGGAGGAGUCGCACUGCAGAGGGAGGAGCAGUAACGAAUGAGGAAGAGAAGAGGACGAACAGUGGUGGUACAAAAGAGACUAUUGAGAUGCGCCUGCGCAGAUGUCAAGAAUGUGACGAUAAAGAGAGCAGGACUUUGGUGGCGCCAAGCGGUGGUACACAGGACUGAACCGAGCGAUAGAUGGAGCUCGUGUGUCACAAAGGGAGUGGACUGUGCCUCCAACUGAACGGUGCGGUCCCCGGCAACAUGGCGUCAUUACCCCGCCCUGUGUGUCCUCUGACUGCGCUGGCUGCCGCGAGCGGUGCUUUUGUCGAUGGUGAUGGCACUCUGUGCAGAACUUUGAGUCGGUCAGCAGACGCUGUGUGCUGUGGUGGUUUAACGGAACGGCCAACAGAGGGCGCCUGAACUGACAGUGCGCGAGGGGUGUUGUGAAUCGCACCCUCAUGUGACUUGCUGAGUCGGAGUGAUGUAGCCGAGUGGUCCUCAUGUGGUAGGUGCUGCCUCCCCACCGAUAUCGGUCACUUUGGAAGCGGGAGUGAUGAGAUGAGCGACUGUGUCGUCUCUCUUGGGGACAAGGUUUGCAGCAAAGCCUCGAAGGGCGUCGUUCGCCAACCUGACCUGACCUGACCUCUCUGGUGUCGGGCGGUUCGUUCGGUCCGGCUGGCCGCCCCCGCCCCCGCCCUCCGAGGUAUUGGUUGUUCGGUGGAGCCCGCCGGUAGAGAGCGGUCCUGGCGGGGGUGGGGGUGGUCUGCCGGACCGGCCGACCCGCCCGGGUCAGUCAGAGGUCAGAGGUCACCCCAGAGGUCAGCUGCCUUGUGCCGUUUGUGGUCGGCGAGCAGCCGAGCCUGGAUUGAGCUGAUGGGUGGUGCUACCCUACUCGUGUGUUUAGCACUGUACCGUUCAACUAGCUCGUCUGUACCCUGGAGGAUAUGUGUACCACAGCGUCCCCUGGCGACACUGGCGACUGUUCGUACCUCACACACAUCCAGUGCUGACCCGCUCCUCCCGAACCUGCCGCCCCUCAGGACGACAGGAGAGCCUCCGCUCCCCUCCCAGCCCGGCUGGCUCGUCCCCAGCCGUAGACCGUGUCGUCCCCAGCCACCGGAGCCAGCGCCGCGGUGUGACCUUGACCGUGCAUGGCGCGGCGCCAGCGCGCGCUGACGCCGUUGGCGCGCCGCGGCGGACUUUGGCGCCAGAUGCAGAGACUAUCUUUUGUCCGAGUGUGACCUGAUAUGAUUGACAGAAAGAUGCACAGAGAUAUAACACGUUAGAGUAGUAUCGAAUAUUCCAGAAAGUGCAAAAAUGUACAAGAAAUUCGGUGACGGCUAGAGCGUUGAGCGCAGAUUAGACGUAUGUGUGCUUUUAUUUUUAAGUCAGCUGAUGCUGUUUUAAACCGGGCUGAACGCUGUGUAACCCGAAUGUUUGUCUAUCGGUCAGUUGGGUGUACAAAGUUCGGCGCGCCCUAGGUUCAGCCUGAUGCGAAUGGCGUACCUAUAGUGAUUGUUUUGUUGCGUGCUAAUUUAGAUCUCUAUUAAGUGUGAUAGGAUCUGUUCGUAGCGUUCUAGUUUGCAUCGUUAUCGCCUCCAUUAUCUCGCCUUCCCGUUCUUCCCAUCCUCAUAGCGUGUCUGUUCACAUGCCGCCGUUCAUACCCGCUUUGUGUCUCGGUAACGUAUGCUAGUCUCGCUGCUGUAGUGUGAAUGAGAGAGUUUAUCGCUUCUUCGUCGCGCCGCUGCCCGCCGCCGGUCGGCCUGCACUGCGAGCGGGUCGCUCGUAUGUGUCCUGUUGACCGGGCCGUCUCUAUAGAGUUGCACAGAGUUGCGUUUUAGACGGUUGAGUCGUCUGUGGCCCAGAGAAUCCAUUUGUCAUUGGCGGGAUCCCGGCGCCUCCCUGGAUGGGCUUAGGCAAGUGAGGGUUCCUGCUCCCCGGGGGUCAAGAUUGCGCCUUUUAUCGCUCUAAUAUACAUGUCACCGUAUAA